UAAAAAUCUGGCACCAGCAUCCAACUUUCGGGAGUCUCUUGGUCCCAGAACACACCGCAACCCGGAGUCCCUAGACCCGCGAGACACGCCAAAUACUUACUCGCAAAGGCUCUCAAACACACCGCCAAGAUGAGCGACCCGCAGGCGAACGAGGCCGAGAAGAACAUCGAGAUCUGGAAGGUCAAGAAGUUGAUCAAGCGCCUCGAGGCCGCCAGAGGAAAUGGAACUUCCAUGAUUUCCCUGAUUAUUCCCCCCAAGGAUCAGGUCUCGCGAGCUGCGAAGAUGUUGGCUGAAGAAUACGGUACCGCCUCCAACAUUAAGUCCCGUGUCAACCGACAGUCCGUCCUGUCCGCCAUUACCUCGACCCAGCAGCGUCUCAAGCUGUACAACAAGGUCCCUCCUAAUGGUCUGGUCGUGUACUGUGGUGAAAUCUUGACCUCUGAAGGCAAGGAGCGAAAGGUCAACAUCGACUUCGAGCCGUUCAAGCCUAUCAACACCUCUCUCUACCUUUGCGACAACAAGUUCCACACCGAGGCCCUGGCCGAGCUUCUCGAGUCGGACCAGAAGUUCGGCUUCAUCAUCAUGGAUGGUAACGGUGCCCUCUUCGGAACCCUCAGCGGCAACACUCGCGAAAUCGUCCACAAGUUCUCCGUCGAUCUUCCCAAGAAGCACGGCCGUGGUGGUCAGUCCGCUCUUCGUUUCGCCCGUCUCCGUGAGGAAAAGCGUCACAACUACGUCCGCAAGGUUGCUGAGCUGGCUGUGCAAAACUUUAUCACUGCCGACAAAGUCAACGUGGCUGGCAUCAUUCUCGCUGGUUCCGCCGACUUCAAGAACGACCUCAACGCAUCCGACAUGUUCGAUAACCGUCUGGCAACCAAGGUCAUCAAGGUCGUCGAUGUCUCCUACGGUGGCGAGAACGGCUUCAACCAGGCUAUCGAGCUGUCUUCCGAGACUCUCGGCAACGUCAAGUUCAUCCAGGAGAAGAAGCUCAUUGGCAAGUACUUCGAGGAGAUUAGCCAGGAUACCGGCAAGGUCUGCUAUAGUAUUGACGACACGCUUAAAGCCCUGGAACUCGGUGCCGUUGAGAUUUUGAUUGUCUUUGAGAACCUUGAGAUCACCAGAUAUGUCCUGAAGGAUAGCAAUGGCACCGAGAUCAUUCUGCACACCACCAAGCAGCAGGAGCAGGCCACCCGAGAUAUGUUCCUCGACAAGGAGACCGGUCAGGAGAUGGAUAUUGUCUCUCAAGACUCAUUCCUGGAAUGGAUUGCUGAACACUACAAGGACUUUGGUACCACGCUCGAGUUCGUCUCUGACCGAUCGACCGAAGGCAACCAGUUCGUCAAGGGCUUUGGUGGCAUCGGCGGUCUUCUCCGAUACAAGGUCAACUUUGAGCAGCUAGCUGAUCUGAGUGACGACGAUGAUUACUACGACGCGGGUCCCCUCGUCACCAGCGAGGGAUCAACUCAAGUUCAACCGUCCACGCACGACCACAGUGCUAGGCGCCACGAGGCGCCGAGGUCGACCGAUGCCGCGCCGAUGUCAUUUGCUCAAAAGCGCCUGAUGGGGGGUGACUGUCUCGCGCCUCUCCAUCAUGAACACCAGGUGUCGCGACCCAGUCCACUUCGCACAAUGAUGACGGCCUCUUGA